CAUAACUACCGGCAACCGGGAACAACAAGGCCUCGGCGCCACCCUCACACCCACGAACAUUCGUGAAGUUCACCCCUCACCGCCUAACCGUACGUGUUCUAGCUUUCCGCCAUGUCGGACGGGAAUCCCGUGCCUGAUAGCGUCUACUUCUAUGCGCCCAACAAGGUGCCCGCCAUCUUGUUCGCGGCCGCCUUCGGAGUGACGGGGCUAUUUCAUCUUUGGCAAUGUUUUUAUUACACAUCUUGGGCACCUGUGACCGGAUUUCUCCCGUUCUUCUGUGCCCUCCUGACAGCGGGCUAUGCGACCCGCGGCUAUGGAACGGAUCAUUACGAUGAUCCGCAAGUUUAUACAGCCAGUAUACUGUUGCUCUACGCCGCACCCCCCCUCCUCCAACUCACCAACUACCUCAUCCUGACGCGCGUCUUCCACUUCGUGCCCUACUGCGCGCCCAUGCACCCCUCGCGCAUCAUCGUCGCCUCCUCCGCCUUCGCCGCCGUCAUCGAGCUGCUCACCAUCGCGGGCAUGGCCUACCUGACCGACCGCACCGCGCCCGACAAGUCGCUGGGCAUCGGCGAGACGCUGACCCGGGCCUCGCUGGUGCUGCAGGUCAUGGUGACGGGCGUGUUUUUGCUGCUCGCGGGCUUCUUCUACUACAAAUGCCGCGAGGGCCGCAUCCGCAACGCCCGCGUCGCGCGCCCGUUGUUCGUGUCGUGCGCGAGUAUACUGUUGGUGUUGGGGCGGACGAUUUACCGCACCGUGGAGCAUUUUGGUGUGCCGGCGUCGAGGGAAGGGGUGGAUCCGAUGAGCUUGAGCCCCAUGGUGCGGUAUGAGUGGUACUUCUAUGUGUUUGAUGCGGCGUUUAUAUUGCUGGCCACGGUGCUGUUGAACAUUGCGCACCCGGCGCGCUAUCUGCCUGAGAAUCCCCGCCUGUAUCUCGCGCAGGACGGCAAGACGGUGUUGAAGGGGCCGGGGUGGAACGAUUCGCGGUCAAAGACGGAGACCAUCUUCAACCCGUUUGCGAUGCUCAAGUCUGAUGGCCCGCGUCAGAAGAAGUUUUGGGAGCAGAAUGGGUACCAUAUGCGUGGUGUGAGGAGGCCCGGGGCAGGGCGGUAGGGUCCGGCGGGGGAUUCGGUUAGUAUUCGGGGUCAUUGACAGGGUUUGAGCUCGGGAUAUUUGGAAUGCGAUUGUAGGGUCCGGAGUCCCGUAUAUGAUCACAAGUAGGCUAGUCACGGUAGUCCCCGCCUGCAUUGCCGAGGCACUAAUGCGAAUAAGUAUCCGGGUUGGCUUAGAAGAUCAAAAAA